AAUAUAACAGAAAGUUCCUUAACACAAAAUUCGGCAUUAUGUUCCUUGCAUUUUCAAAUAGAAAAUUUCUAUGGAUCUGUUGAGACACGCAUAUGUUUAAAAGAAGAUGCAAUUCCUUUUUUAGCUGACCCAACAUCAACAUUGUGUAAAAAACAAUGCACCAGAAAAUUAGAGACACAUAAUGAUGGCAGACCACUUAAGAAAAGUAAAGGUUCUAUGACACCUGUACUUAUGAAUGUUGACCAAAUAAUCACAGAACAGAACAUUGAUGUUACACAGGUAAACAUACAGGAAGAGUCUAAAUUAUUUAUACAUAAUAAGAUAGCCACCAGAAAUACGCAAGAAAGAGGUACCCAAACCAUAUCACAAUCAUCUUUAACAGUUUGUAAAGGUACUGCAGUAUCUCCUCGCAGGAUUUAUAAUUCACCGGAAAAGGUAAAAUUAAGGGAAGAGUUAAACAGAACGAAAAAACACUAUCAAUCCAAAAUAAAAGCUCUAAAACAGAGAACAAGACGUAUGGAAAGAAAGAUAGCAAAUAUGGCAAAAGUAUUUCAACAUUUAAAGGAAAAGAAUUUUCUCCAAGAAGAACAAUUUUAUAAUUUAAAAGACAUGGUUUGAACAUCCUAUCUCCAAGAUGAAGAUAUAUGUAUUCCUCGAUCCGUGUCACAUGUUAAAACUGAUACGGAACACUUUUGGGGAUUACAAAAAUAUUAUAAAUAAGAAUAACGAGAAUAUAUCAUGGAAAUAUAUCGUAUCUCUGCAUGAAAUUCAAGAAAACAAAGGCUUACAUAUGGCUAACAAAAUGCGAAACCAGCAUAUAGAAUAUCACAAAAAAAAGAUGAAUGUUCGCUUAGCAGCCCAAAUAUUUAGUUUAUCCGUUGCGAGUGCACUUAAAACAUGUAGAAAUGUGUUACAUAUAGAUAAAUUUGCGCAAUCUGAAGCAACAGAGGA